GCUAUUGUCUCACAAGUCCGGAGACUCCUGUUCUAACGAUGACGACAGCGUUUUCUUCGGCCUGCGUUGAGUUUUGGCUGCUUUCACAGACAGCCGUGCAUCCAAGAAUCUGCAUGAGUAAAUGGUUUCUACUGUUUCGUCUGAGUCGCGUAGAGACUAGGCAGACUGUCCACUAGUUUGUGGUCGAUUCUUCGGGUCCCCACGGACAGACGCGCCUGGAUCCACGGUGCAGCCUUCUGGAACCUCUUGGGGAAAGUAUGAAAGCUGAUUGAUGGGGCUGAGUCGAUCGAGAGGUAUGUUGAUGUAUGCGCGCGGUGGGUUCUGGUUUCACAUCUAUUUGUAUUAUCUGGCACUCCUGAAUAGGUCGAGAGGCAAAACUGGAAACCCCCGGGGAUGUGGGCCCGUUGCUGGGUCCGGAAAGAGGAUCCUCCCAUCCGCAACUAAAGAUCAACGACGUUCGUCUACUUCUUCUAGUGCCCGAACCGGACCGUCAACAAGUCAUUCAGGGACAUCAUCGGACCCAUGGUCGGUCUGGACAAGUAGCCCGUGGUUCUUGAUGCGGGAGGAGUGUGCAUUGAGCCAUUCCCGACCAUCUUCCACGUCAGCUGGUCGGAUUUUUAAAUCGUUGACAGAUGAUGGAUGGAUGGAUAUUGAGCUUACAAUUGGGGCCGCAUUCGACCAUCUCGGUCGAGUAUCACAUCAUAUCGUAGUGCAGGAUCUCGGCAGCGGCUCCAGUAGGGACUCAAGGAGAGGGGGGGGAGCGGAUCCAUGGCAGAUGACGAAGCUUCUGCAGACCUCUUUCGAAUUUAUCACAUGGCGAGGCUCGAUGCGACGACGAGUCGGACAGAAAGAACAGGGGAGAGUUGAUCUGGGGAUGAUGGAGUGAAGCGGUUAAGUUGAAGUUGAAGUUGAGGUCGAGGUUGGUGGAAAUGGAGGAAAAUUUGAAGGAG